UGGCGCCGGUGUAUGAGGUUGAGAUUAAUGUGCUGUAUUGUAACUGUAAAUUACAAUUUCUACUAUUGUGUUACAAGUUUUAUUUUAAAUUUUAAUAAAUCUAUAAGGUAAUUAAUUGAUCACAGAGUAACAUUUGCUAAAAUUUCAGAAUUUAAGAUAGUGUUUUAUGGUCGUGCAUAAAAGUUAAGUUCCACCUUAAUUAUCAAAAUGGCUACGUCAGAUUCAAAGGCGACAUUGCGAACAGUGAAAAGAGUUCAAUUCGGUAUUUUAUCACCAGAUGAGAUUCGCCGUAUGUCAGUUACAGAGGGUGGCAUACGUUUUGCCGAGACCAUGGAAGGUGGCCGUCCCAAGCUUGGUGGUCUUAUGGAUCCUAGACAGGGUGUAAUUGAUAGAAACUCUCGAUGUCAAACUUGUGCUGGUAACAUGACAGAAUGUCCUGGCCACUUUGGACAUAUUGAUUUAGCAAAACCAGUUUUUCAUUGUGGUUUUAUAACAAAAACAAUUAAAAUUCUUAGAUGUGUUUGCUUUUUUUGUUCAAAAAUGUUAGUUAGUCCUCACAAUCCAAAAAUUAAAGAAAUAGUUAUGAAAACAAAAGGCCAACCACGUAAGCGCUUAACAUUUGUUUAUGAUCUUUGUAAAAGUAAAAAUAUUUGUGAGGGUGGUGAUGAAAUGGAUAUAACUAAAGAUGGUCAGGAGCUAGAUCCCAAUAAAAAACCAGGUCAUGGUGGUUGUGGUCGUUACCAACCAAAUUUAAGAAGAUCUGGACUUGAUGUAACUGCUGAAUGGAAGCAUGUCAAUGAAGAUUCUCAGGAAAAAAAAAUUGCCUUGACUGCAGAACGUGCAUGGGAAAUUUUGAAGCAUAUAACUGAUGAAGAAUCCUUUAUCCUUGGAAUGGAUCCUAAGUUUGCACGACCUGAUUGGAUGAUUGUAACUGUACUUCCAGUUCCACCGCUAGCAGUAAGACCAGCUGUAGUUAUGUAUGGUUCAGCAAAGAAUCAAGAUGAUCUAACUCAUAAGCUUUCUGAUAUAAUAAAAUCUAAUAAUGAAUUAUUAAGAAAUGAACAAGCAGGAGCAGCAACACAUGUUAUAUCUGAAAAUAUAAAGAUGUUACAGUUUCAUGUUGCAACACUUGUUGAUAAUGAUAUGCCAGGUAUGCCAAAAGCAAUGCAAAAAUCUGGAAAACCCCUAAAAGCUAUUAAAGCUCGAUUAAAAGGUAAGGAGGGCCGUAUUCGUGGCAACCUUAUGGGCAAACGUGUCGAUUUUUCGGCGCGCACUGUCAUUACACCUGAUCCAAAUUUGCGAAUUGACCAAGUUGGUGUACCUCGUAGUAUUGCUCAAAAUUUAACUUUUCCUGAAAUUGUAACUCCAUUUAAUAUCGAUAAAAUGCAAGAACUUGUACGAAGAGGAAAUACUCGAUAUCCUGGUGCAAAAUAUAUUGUUCGUGAUAAUGGUGACCGUAUUGAUUUGCGAUUUCAUCCAAAACCUUCAGAUCUUCAUUUGCAAUGUGGUUAUAAGGUCGAAAGACAUAUUAGAGAUGGUGAUUUGGUCAUUUUUAAUCGUCAGCCAACUCUUCAUAAAAUGAGUAUGAUGGGUCACAGGGUAAAAGUUUUACCUUGGAGUACAUUUCGUAUGAAUUUAAGCUGUACUUCACCUUAUAAUGCUGACUUUGAUGGGGAUGAGAUGAAUUUACAUGUUCCUCAGUCUAUGGAAACUCGCGCUGAGGUGGAAAAUAUUCAUGUUACUCCAAGACAAAUCAUCACUCCACAAGCCAAUAAGCCAGUCAUGGGAAUUGUACAAGAUACAUUGACAGCUGUUAGAAAAAUGACUAAGAGAGAUGUUUUUAUUGAGAAGGAACAAAUGAUGAACAUUCUUAUGUUCUUGCCAAGCUGGGAUGGAAAAAUGCCCCAGCCUUGUAUUUUAAAACCUAAACCUUUAUGGACGGGUAAACAAAUAUUUUCACUUAUCAUUCCUGGAAAUGUAAAUAUGAUACGAACACAUAGUACGCACCCGGAUGAUGAGGAUGAAGGUCCUUAUAAAUGGAUAUCUCCUGGAGAUACAAAAGUUAUGGUUGAACACGGAGAAUUAAUAAUGGGAAUUUUGUGUAAAAAAACACUUGGUACUUCGGCUGGUUCUCUAUUACAUAUCUGUAUGCUGGAGUUAGGUCACGAAGUUUGUGGAAGAUUUUAUGGUAAUAUUCAAACAGUAAUUAAUAAUUGGUUAUUACUUGAAGGACAUUCUAUUGGUAUUGGGGAUACUAUAGCUGACCCUCAGACUUACAUGGAAAUUCAGAAGGCUAUUAAAAAAGCUAAAGAAGAUGUCAUAGAAGUUAUUCAAAAGGCUCAUAAUAUGGAAUUAGAGCCAACACCUGGUAAUACAUUGAGGCAGACUUUUGAAAAUCAAGUAAAUAGAAUUCUUAACGAUGCUCGUGAUAAAACUGGUGGUUCUGCUAAAAAAUCUCUUACUGAAUACAAUAACUUAAAAGCUAUGGUAGUUUCAGGUUCUAAAGGAUCCAAUAUUAAUAUAUCCCAGGUUAUUGCCUGUGUCGGGCAACAAAACGUCGAAGGGAAGCGCAUACCUUUUGGUUUUCGCAAACGUACUCUACCACAUUUUAUCAAAGAUGAUUAUGGUCCAGAAUCUAGAGGCUUUGUUGAGAAUUCAUAUCUUGCGGGUCUGACUCCAUCCGAAUUUUACUUCCAUGCUAUGGGAGGUCGCGAGGGUCUCAUUGAUACUGCUGUAAAAACUGCAGAAACUGGAUAUAUUCAACGUCGUCUCAUAAAGGCAAUGGAAUCAGUUAUGGUGCACUAUGAUGGCACAGUAAGAAACUCAGUGGGCCAACUUAUUCAGUUACGUUAUGGUGAAGAUGGGCUUUGUGGCGAAACUGUUGAAUUUCAGAAUUUACCAACCAUUAAAUUAAGCAAUAAAGCGUUUGAAAAAAAAUUUAAGUUUGAUCCAAGCAAUGAGAGGUAUUUGAGACGCAUUUUUAGCGAGGAUAUCGUGCGUGAAAUGAUGGGUUCUGGUGAAGUCAUAUCCGAAUUAGAACGUGAGUGGGAACAACUAAAUAAGGAUAGAGCUGCACUACGAGAAAUUUUUCCUAGUGGUGAAUCAAAAGUUGUACUACCGUGCAACUUACAACGUAUGAUUUGGAAUGUUCAGAAGAUAUUUCAUAUUAAUAAACGAGCACCAACGGAUUUGAGUCCAAUGAGAGUUAUUCAAGGUGUAAAAGAUCUUCUAGAAAAGUGUAUAAUCGUAGCAGGUGAGGAUCGUUUAAGUAAACAGGCUAAUGAAAAUGCUACAUUGUUAUUUCAAUGUCUUGUACGUUCUACUCUUUGUACUAAAUGCGUUUCUGAAGAAUUUCGUUUAUCAAGUGAAGCUUUUGAGUGGCUUAUAGGAGAAAUCGAGACUAGGUUUCAGCAAGCUCAAUGUGCUCCAGGAGAAAUGGUAGGUGCUUUAGCAGCCCAAUCUCUUGGAGAGCCUGCUACUCAAAUGACAUUAAAUACUUUUCAUUUUGCUGGCGUAUCCUCAAAGAAUGUAACUCUGGGAGUACCAAGACUAAAAGAAAUAAUUAAUAUUAGCAAAAAGCCAAAGGCUCCUUCUCUAACAGUCUUCUUAACUGGUGCUGCAGCAAGAGAUGCCGAAAAAGCUAAAAACGUUUUAUGUCGUCUUGAACAUACAACUUUGAAAAAAGUGACAGCAAAUACUGCAAUAUAUUAUGAUCCAGAUCCACAAAAUACUGUGAUUUCAGAAGAUCAGGAGUUUGUUAAUGUUUAUUAUGAGAUGCCAGACUUUGAUCCAACUAAGAUUUCACCAUGGCUUCUUCGCAUCGAGCUUGAUCGUAAAAGAAUGACUGAUAAGAAACUCACUAUGGAACAAAUUGCGGAAAAAAUUAAUGCAGGCUUUGGAGAUGAUUUGAAUUGUAUUUUCAAUGAUGACAAUGCUGAAAAACUUGUACUACGAAUUAGAAUAAUGAAUAGUGAAGAUAACAAAUUUACAGAUACAACUGAUAUAGAGGAGAGUGUUGACAAAAUGGAAGACGAUAUGUUUUUGCGUUGUAUUGAAUCUAAUAUGUUAAGUGAUAUGACUUUACAGGGUAUUGAAGCCAUUGGAAAGGUGUAUAUGCAUUUACCACAGACAGACUCUAAGAAAAGAAUAGUUAUUACAGAAACAGGUGAGUUUAAAGCUAUUGCUGAGUGGUUGCUAGAAACUGAUGGCACAAGUUUAAUGAAAGUACUCAGUGAACGAGAUGUGGAUCCAGUGAGAACCUUUUCUAAUGAUAUUUGUGAAAUCUUUCAAGUGUUAGGUAUCGAAGCCGUGCGAAAAUCUGUAGAAAAAGAAAUGAAUGCUGUUUUACAAUUUUAUGGUCUCUACGUGAACUAUCGACAUUUGGCCUUACUUUGUGAUGUUAUGACAGCCAAAGGUCAUCUUAUGGCUAUUACACGUCACGGUAUUAAUAGACAGGAUACAGGAGCACUUAUGAGAUGUUCAUUUGAAGAGACAGUAGAUGUAUUAUUAGAUGCAGCUUCUCAUGCUGAAGUUGAUCCUAUGAGAGGCGUUUCUGAAAAUAUUAUUAUGGGUCAACUACCACGUAUCGGAACAGGCUGCUUUGAUCUUUUACUCGAUGCCGAAAAAUGUAAGCAAGGAAUUGAGAUACCAAUGGCUGUAGGAGCAAACAUAAUGGGUGGUACCGGUAUGUUCUUUGGAAAUGCUACAACUCCAAGUAUGAGUCCUCAAAUGACACCUUGGUUGGGCGCAACACCAAGUUAUGGAGCGGCAGGUAUGUCGCCGAGUAUUGGUAGUGGCAUGACACCUGGAGGAGCCUGCUUUUCACCUUCUGGCCAAUCUGAUGCGUCGGGACUGUCACCAGCAUAUUCUGCUUAUUCACCACAACCUGGAAGUCCUGGAAGUCCAGGUCCAAGUAUGAGCCCAUAUCCAAUGUCUCCUGCUGGUGGAGCCUCACCGAGCUAUUCACCAACUUCUCCAGCUUAUUUGCCCACUUCUCCUAGCAUGACACCAUCAAGUCCAAAUUAUUCGCCAACAAGUCCAACUUACUCACCAACCAGUCCUAAUUAUUCACCAACAAGUCCAAGUUAUUCACCAACAAGUCCAAGCUAUUCUCCAACCAGUCCAAGCUAUUCACCCACCAGUCCAAGUUAUUCUCCAACUAGUCCGAGUUAUUCCCCAACUAGUCCCAGUUAUUCACCGACAAGUCCUAGUUAUUCCCCUACAAGUCCUAGCUAUUCACCAACAAGUCCAAGUUAUUCCCCAACUAGUCCAAGUUAUUCACCUACCAGUCCCAGUUAUUCACCAACAAGUCCAAGUUAUUCACCAACAAGUCCAAGCUAUUCCCCUACAAGUCCUAGUUACUCACCAACAAGUCCAAGUUAUUCUCCAACAAGUCCAAGCUAUUCACCAACUAGUCCAAGCUUUACACCAGCCUCACCAUCUUAUUCACCUACCUCACCUUCUUACUCACCAUCAUCACCUCAAUAUUCUCCAGCCUCUCCAAGUUAUUCUCCAUCUUCACCUAAGUACUCACCAACUAGCCCCAGCUAUUCUCCUACUUCACCUUCAUUUGCCGGAACAUCACCCCAAUAUACCCCUGCAAGUCCAACAUACUCACCUACAAGCCCAACUUAUUCACCUACUAGCCCCAGUUAUUCACCCAGCUCACCUCAACAUAGCGGUGGUAGUACUAAAUAUUCUCCUAGUAGUCCUAAUUAUUCACCAACAAGUCCAACUUACUCUCCAACCAGUACCAAGUACUCACCAACUAGCCCAACAUAUUCACCAACGAGUCAUAGUUACUCACCAACAAGUCCAAGUUAUUCACCAACAAGUCCAGCUUACUCUCCACAAGUGCCUGGAUACUCUCCAACGAGUCCAACUUAUUCAGCGGCCUCACCAACUUACGAAACUGAUGAUAAUUAAAGAAAUAAUAGAUUGCUAUCAAUUCAUUAAUAAAAAAAAUUGACAGAACUAUAUCA